UCCGAGAAGGCGAAGGAGAUGGAGGCGAUAAAUGGGAUCGUUUCCGGAAAGAACGUGCUCAUCACCGGUGGGGCUGCAGGCUUGGGAUACGCGUUUUUAAAUCAUUUCUUGAAACACGGUGCAAGUAAAGUAACCAUACUCGACAUCGACGCAGAAACCGGAAAACGAGUAGAACAUAACUUGGAGAAGUCUUACGGAGAGAAAAAGGUGCGCUUUAUUCACGUGGACGUGUCGAAUUACAAGGAAAUGGUUGCGGCUUUCGAAGAAGCCUCAAAGUGGAUGAACGACAUAGAUAUCGUGGUGAACAACGCUGGUAUUUUGGACGAACGACGUUGGGAAAGAGAGAUAGCAGUGAAUAUCGGAGGAAUGAUUUGUACCGCAUUACUGGCUGUGAAACACUUGAGCAGAGACCAACUUGGACACGGUGGCACUUUGGUGAACGUCAGUCAAUACAUAGACAUCAGAAGCACAGCUCAGCUUCCGGUUUACACGGCUACGAAACACGCCAUCAUCGGUCUCUCGCAAUCUCUCGCGAAUACUAAUCAGCAUGAAAAAGUCGGUGUUCGUGUAAUAACACUGUGUCCUGGCCUAACGGAAACCGCACUCACAGUGGACAGCCCGAACAAAUUACUCUCCCGUGUUAUGAAGGCAGAUUUCGUGAAAAAUCUGGAGCAGUUAUCGAUACAAACCCCGUACGUGGUGGCUCAAGGUUUGAUGUCGAUACUAAGGUAUGGAGAAUCUGGCAGCAUAUGGGUUGUUGAAAAUGGUCGAACUCCGUACGAGGUCUACGUACCAAAUCCACGUACUUUGCGGCGCACUUACAAGAAUAAUUUCACACUAGUUGAAACGAAAGUGAUAACAAGAGGUCGGCCAAUACGAGAGGUUUGCGACAACACGCGAACAGGUCUGAUGAGUUGCGUUUGACGAUCGUAUGAAUGGACGUCUGUCUUCGACUAUGAUGAUCUUCCGCGUUCUCGAAGAAAUCUCUAAGGAUUGAGAUCGCUUUUGAUCAGUUGUGUCGUUUCGUUUUGAAAAAUCCAUUCCCGUAGGCGCACAUGCGGGAAUCACGAAUGAAAAACUGUCGAGAUGCGAUGAAAAUGAUGAAACUCGGAUCUUCUUUGAACACCUGCAAGUAAUUGAAAAAGAAGAGAGGAUUAAGUUGGACAUUGCUUGAUAAUCUUAGUCAUUGAUACAAUGUUAAGUAUUUAUACAGAUAAUGCACGCGUAUACACAUCGUGUU